GAUACCGAGGGGCGGCGCUGAGGCGCAAUCAUGGCGGCGGCUGGUGUUGCUGCGGCUGAGAAGGACGAGGAGCCCGCGGCGGAGGCCGAGGCGCUGGCCGCGGCCCGGGAGCGAAGCCGCCGCUUCCUAAGCGGCCUGGAGCUGGUGAAGCAGGGCGCCGAGGCGCGUGUGUUCCGCGGCCGCUUCCAGGGCCGCGCGGCCGUGGUGAAGCACCGCUUCCCCAAGGGCUACCGGCACCCGGCGCUGGAGGCGCGGCUCGGCCGGCGGCGGACGGUGCAGGAGGCGCGGGCGCUGCUCCGCUGCCGCCGCGCAGGGAUAUCUGCCCCAGUUGUCUUUUUUGUGGACUAUGCUUCCAACUGCUUGUACAUGGAAGAAAUUGAAGGCUCCGUGACUGUUCGAGAUUAUAUUCAAUCCACUAUGGAGACUGAAAAGACUCCCCAAAAGCUCUUCAGCUUAGCCACGACAAUCGGGCAGGUUUUGGCUCGAAUGCACGAUGAAGACCUCAUUCAUGGUGAUCUCACCACCUCGAACAUGCUCCUGAAACCCCCCCUGGAACAGCUGGACGUCGUGCUCAUAGACUUUGGGUUGAGUUUCAUUUCAGCACUUCCAGAAGAUAAGGGAGUUGACCUCUACGUUCUAGAGAAAGCCUUCCUCAGUACCCAUCCCAACACCGAGACUGUGUUUGAAGCCUUUCUGAAGAGCUACUCUGCCUCCUCCAAAAAGGCCAGGCCAGUGCUAAAAAAGCUGGAUGAAGUGCGCCUGAGAGGAAGGAAGAGGUCCAUGGUUGGGUAGAAGAAUGUGUGUGACAGCUCCAGACAGCUAAGCUGUUUACUUCAGAGUAAAUUUGAAGGAAUGCUACCAAGUUGAGAUUAGAUCUAAAUAAAGUUGUUGAGGUAUUUUUA